AGUGAAGUAAAAGUAUAAACAUCGAGUAAAAUUUAUUAUUAAAAAAUGCCCUGCUGUUCGGUUCAAUUGUGUAGAAAUAAUAAUAUGAACACGAAAAAUACCGGCAUUCGUUAUUUUCGAUUUCCAAAAGACGAACAUUUACUUGAAGAGUGGAAAAUCUUUUGUAACAAAGAUAAUAUAAAUCUCAAAAACGCUCGAGUUUGUUCCAUACACUUUACACAAAGUUGUUUUCAAAGAAAACCUGAACACCUUAUUGUUCCUGGGGAUAAAAAUAUUUAUGUAUUGCGCAAAGACGCCAAGCCAACCGAAAAACCAAUAUUUCAAGAUGAAAGAAAGAGGAAAAUCACUAAAAAUGUCGUCAAACAAAAAGAAUUGAGCCCCUUGAAAUCUCAGCAAAUCGAGAACGUUCCUAUUACUUGUUUGGAUCUGAGAGAUCUGAACAAAGAUGAAUCAUUAAGAAGUAUGCAUUGUCCAACUGUAGAAGAUCUAAGGGACGACCAACCUCUCGAAAAGAAUCAAGUAACAAACAGCUCCUUGACGAUAUUAAACCAACAGUUACAACAGACAAUUACAAAAUUGAAUGAACAGUUGGUCAAACAAAAACGAACAGAAGAAAGAAGAGUAAAAAGAAAAGUUCAAAAAAUGGUUCACAAAAUCUUAAAACCGGCCUUCACCGAAGGACAAAUUAAAAAAUUACUUUAUCGACAAAGAAAAAACGUAAAAUGGAAUUUAAACGACUUAUCAGCAGCACUCACCUUAAGGAACGUCUCGCCUAAAGCUUACGGAUAUUUAAAAAUAAAAAAUAUGCCUUUGCCAGCGUUAUCUACUCUGAGGCGGUUUCAAAAGUUAACUCAUCGUUUCUCAGUCGACAAAAGUGUUGAAACCGAUACUCUGCCAACCAACGUUUCAGAUCACCCUAGUUCUUGA